AUGCACGCUGCCUUCCAAAGGCACGAGCGCGCGACACAAUGGGAGUUGGAGCGCCGCGUGGUCACACCAGCGGCGGAUCAACUGAUGAAAGAGCAACUUGACCGUGUCCCGCUCUACUCGGUUUGCAUGAGCACAGCCCAACUCGCCUUCGUUUGGAAUUCGCACAACGCAAAGAUCCGACAGAGGCGUGUGGAUUUGGAGCACCGCACGUGCACAUGUUCGAGACGAUUACAGUGGGGAAUCCCGUGUCGUCACGUGCUAGCUGCGCUACAGAAGCUGUGUGCAAUGAACCAAGCCGUGAACUUCUUUGACGAGUGCUACCUGGUGCGCAACUACGUAUCUUCAUUUAAGAACCGAGCCCUGGAACUUCCCGUGGAGGAGAACAUCCAGCAUGACCCGACGAUACGACCCCCGCGCUUUGUCAACAAACAAAGCGUGUCAAGUAGCGACGUGGACGCUGCCAGGAAGAGGAAGCGCCGCGUUCGGACUCGCCCCAUGGAGCAACGCAAGCGGCCACUCUACAAAUGCCACAAAUGCCAUCGUGCAGAAGGUCACAACAAAGGCACCUGUCCGUACUAG